AUGGAUUCCGUAGACAUGGAAGCCUGGGAGGCGUCUCAGCGACGCGUUGUGAGGACACGCUGGCUGCCAACACCGUCGGGUCGUUUUUUGGAGGGCAGAAAGCUGGCUGCUUCGCUUGCGCUGCAUCUACAUCAGGCUGCCCCUGUUGCUUCUGCUGCGUCACUCGCAGCCAUGUGUGCUGCUGUAGCCGAGAGACAGUCUCUUAGAGGAUCUUUUGGACAAGAAACUAUCAACGCCGUAGCCCACAGAUUGCUGCUGUUGGAAGCAUCUUCACUAAUUCCCUGGCUGCCCGUCUACGUGCACCUUUUGCACCACCCCUUCGCACUGCAAGGGCAGCUAGCAGAACACUUGGCUGUUGUAGCAACGCACCUGCUGCACCAACCCCAGCAGGAGCAGAAGCAAGAGCAGGAAAGCCAGCAUCAGGAGCAGGAAAAGCGAAAAAUGCAACAGGCACAUGCCAUGGACCGGCUCGUACAGCAGACCCUACAUGACGCAGACUCAAGGCUUCUGGGACGGCUGCAUCAUCCUUCUCUGCUGCCAACAAGGCUACUGCUGCAGAUUUGCGGCGGUCUGCUUGCUGCUGUCCAAGCUUAUGAGAUGCCUCUCAGCUUGGCUCGCCUCUUUUUCGACAGAAUUGCAGAGUCGAUGAAGUCUGCAGCAGCUUUCCGCAGCGAUAGCAACAGCAGCAGCAUGCCGCUGCUGCCUCUUCGGGAUGUCGCAUUCUUCUUCUCAGCGCUUAAGCAGAGCGGUCUGGUGGAGGAGAAGGUAACACAUCUCCUGUUGCUGCAAGUGCAGCAAGACCUGAUACAGCUUGAAAAGACAUGUUUAGCCGAGGCACCGGCACCCAAAGCAGCAGAAGCAACAGAGACAGGAGGGCUAGCAACGACAAUAGAAGCAGAGGCGGCAGAAGAUGUGGAUCCUUCACCACCUCCUGCAACAGGGUCAGCAACAGCAACGGCUGCACCAGCAGCUGCGGAAGCCGAGCAGCUACUGACAGCUGCUGAAGGCAGCGUAGCAGAUAUGUGUGUCAUUUUGGAUGCGGCUGCUUUCAACUGCCGGACGCCGGCAGCAGCAGCAGCAGCAGCAGCAGGAGCAGUGCCAGCUUCGGCAGCAACAGGAGACUUUGCUGAGCUCUUUGACAUUGGCUGGCGGUUGAUGUUAUUCAAUGCCAUGGCGGCUGAGGGCUCGCCGAUGAUUCUUAGCACCGAGGACUAUCAGGAUGCUCUAAGGGAGUUUCUGUCCUCCAAUGCAGAUUUAGACCCAGAGGCUCUCGGUUCGCUGUCUCUUUGA